AUGGUUAUUAUGCCUUACAAUGACCUUCUGUUCACUGUCCAAGAAAAUCAUCUUACACUCCUAUCAGCUUGCCCAACUCUCUUCUACUUCACUCUUACUCAACGCUCUAAAGUCGUAGAGAUGACCAGAACAAGAGAAGGACAAACAGUGAAUGUCAAAUACAGAAGAACACAGCAGCAGCAGAAACAACAGCAUCUGCAACAACAGCAGCAUCUGCAAAGACAGCACAACAACAAAAACAUCAGUAACAAAAACAUCAGCAACAAAAUUAGCAACAACAACAUCAUCAGCAGCAACAACAACACUAGCAACAACAGCAUCAGCAACAACAACAUCAGCAGCAACAGCAUCAGCAACAACAAAAUUAGCAACAACAACAACAGCAUCAGCAACAACAGAAUCAGCAACAUUAGCAACAACAACAGCAUCAGCAGCUACAACAACAACAUUAGCAACAACAAGAACGUCAGCAACAACAUCAGCAACAGUACAACAUCACCAACAACUACAACAACAGCAACAACAUCAGCAGUCUUUAUUAAAGAUGGUGAUUUUUGGGUAGAGCUGUGA